CGUUCCGGAAAGUACCGCGGUCGUUCCUUUCGAGGACGAGGUCGGUCGGCCCGACCGCGCCCUGACGCAUUCUCCCCGUCGUAGCCGACGCGGAUGAUGAAGAGGAAGAGGGAGCGAAACACCAUCAAAAUUGCAAGGAAGAGGCAGCAAAAAGGCCUCAACUGUCUCCGCCUUGCGAUUUGUGGGGAUUAAAAGGAGAGACGGAGGCAAAAAAGCGAGCAAGAGCGAUCGAGCGAGCGAGAUGGAUUCGCCGCCGGAGAACGACGUCUGUUCCGUCUGCCAUGACGACUUCGCUCUCCCUUGCCAGGCCAAUUGCUCCCAUUGGUUCUGCGCACAUUGUAUUUUGGAGGUUUGGCGUCAUGGAUCUGUCCGUCAUCCAUGCCAGUGUCCCAUAUGUCGCCGUACAAUAACUCUACUGAUACCUACUGAGGCUGCACAACAACAGCGCCAUGACCCCGAAGUUAUUCAAGUCCUUGGAAACAUUGAAAGGUACAACCGCUUGUUUGGUGGAGGUUCACCCAACCUCAUUCAGAUGUUGCAGGACCUCCCAUUUUUCCUUCGAAGGUUGUUUACAGAACUGAUGGAUCCUCAAAGGUCACUUCCUUUUUUUUUCAAGGCACGAAUGAUUUUGGCGUUCCUACUCAGCAGCAUCUAUGUACUGAGCCCAGUAGACAUUAUUCCAGAAGGAGUCUUGGGGUUUGUCGGUUUCUUCGAUGACCUACUCAUACUGCUGAUUGUUUUCCUCCACCUUAGUGCUAUGUACCGGACUAUACUUCUUAACCGGCAUGGUGGUUGAACUGACUAUCCAUCUUCCUAAUUUGUUUGUCUUCGAGGAAGCAGAAAACAUAAAACCUACUAUUCAAAAUGUAUUUGUAAUGUCUCGGAAACAUGAGUUUUUCUUUCUUACUGCUCAAACUGCUUUCACUUAAGCAUUAUAAUAUCAUUGUAGGAAACAGAUAUAAUAAAAAAUUUGGAGCAGCAUUGACUCCCUUUUGAAGAGUUGAAAUUUAAUGGAGAGCACAGAUUUGCUGCCGCUACAUUUUGCAGAAGAAGAGCAAAGACUGGAAGUUGCUCUAAACUGAAGACUUUUUCAAUGCUCUGUGAUGUAGUCACAGGAGUACUCUCACCCUUCAGCAACAUUUUUCUUUUUCUCUUCAUUUGGUAGUUGUCUACAUGACAUAUUCCACGGAGCAAAUAGUGUGCAACAUAAGCAGGCAUGUAAAAAAACAUGAGGGAGAUAUGUGAGGGAAGAGUUUGUAUGUUGAAAGACUUGUAGGAAAUUAACAUUUGAGUCUUGAAAAAGUUAGCAUGUCUAAUAUGAUUUCUGCAGUUGUUAUAA